AUGAAGAAGAAACCUGAGACUGGUAUUUGCCAUUCACCUUCGGAUCUGGUUCUUGUUGAACCCGAGUAUUGCCCCCAGGCCGUUGUGGAUUGGUACAUAUUGGGUGAAGACGAGGGUUAUACGAGUAGUUUCAAGAAGAGAGAUGGGAGCGAAAAGGCAAGAAAGCAUCUCGCAGCGAUGGGGUGGGUGUUCUGGUAUGGUCAGAAGGGAUUAAGGCGUGAGUUGCGCUACACUUCACCUACUGGAAGAUGUUUUUACUCGCUUCGAUCAGCAUGCAAAUGCUGUAUUGCUCAAGGAGGAGUUUCUGGGAUUGCUGGGUCUAAUCCUGUUUCCAAAACAGAGUGUGUUGCUUCUACUUCUCUUUCUAAAACAGAAACCCUUACUUCCUCUGUUUGUGAAACGGUUGCUCAUAAUCGUAAGUCUGUGAAACGCAUUAAUCUCGGUGAUGAUAAAACUGAUCGGUCGACCCUUAAUGCUUCUGGCUCUGUUUGCAAAAGGGUUGCCUCUACCUCUGUCUGUGAAACGGCUGCUCGUAAUCGUAAGCCUGGGAAACAAAUUAAUCUCGGUGAUGAUAAAACUGAUCAGACCCUUAAUUCUGGUUCUGUUUGCAAAAGGGUUGCCUCUAGCUCUGUCUGUGAAACGGCUGCUCGUAAUCGUAAGCCUAUGAAAUGCAUUAAUCUCGGUGAUGAUAAAACUGAGACCCUUGCUUCUGCUGUUUGUGAAACGGCUGCUCGUAAUUGUAAGCCUAUGAAAUGCGUUAAUCUCAGCGACGAAGUUAAGGGCGAGUUAGCCGGCCAUCCAAACAGAAGACCGGGAAAGGUACUGGCGGAUUUGAAGAAAAUAAGGGAUGAUCAUUCAGGCGUCACUCAGUCUAAGAGUGUGCUCGGAUCGAGAAAAAGAGUGAUGCGUGGAGUAAUUCCCAAGUGCCCAACAACUUUAUCUUGGUUGGUAGACAACGGUGUGGUGUUGCCGAGGACAAGAGUACAUUACCGUGCUAAGAAUGAUUCUGCUCCAAUGAAAGAAGGGCACAUAACUCGUGAUGGGAUUGAGUGUAUUUGUUGCCGUAAUGUGUAUACUCUUUCUGGUUUUGAAGCUCAUGCUGGUAGUACAAAUCACAGACCGGCAGCCAAUAUUCUACUUGAAGAUGGGAGGUCUCUGCAAGAUUGCCAAAGGCAGGCGACGAAUAUUACAAAUCAGAACAAAAGCUUCACAACAAAGCGACAAGAGAAUGAUGAGAUAUGCUCUGUUUGUCACUAUGGGGGUGAGCUGGUUUUAUGUGAUCAGUGUCCAUCCUCGUUCCACAAGAGUUGUCUUGGCUUGAAGAAUGUUCCAGAUGGUGAUUGGUUUUGCCCAUCAUGUGCUUGUGGAAUUUGUGGUCAUGGCAAGAUUCAACAAAACAAAAGAGAUUCUGUGGAUGACAGUUUCGUUACUUGCAAGCAAUGCGAGCACAAAUUUCAUAUUGAGUGCAUAAGGAGUAAAGAGGCGGCGGUCAACAAAGAUCAUUGCUUUUGUGGCAGAAAGUGUGAGUAUAUAUUUUUGGGCCUUCGAAAGCUUUUAGGAAACCCAAUUCCAGUGGGUAAUGAUAAUUUGACUUGGACAUUAUUGAAGUCCACAGAGGCUGAAAGCUGUAAUCUUGAUGCUCCUGACAAUGAGGCCUCGAAGGAGAGUUGCAGCAAGCUCAAUGCUGCUAUAACUGUGAUACAUGAGUGUUUUGAGCCUGUGAAAGAUCCUCAUACCAACAGUAACCUCGUUGAAGAUGUAAUUUUCUGUAGAGGGUCAGAGCUUAACCGAUCAAACUUCAGAGGGUUCUACACCGUGCUUUUGGAGAGAAAAAAUAAAAUAGUCUGUGUGGCUACUUUAAGGGUUUAUGGAGAAAAAGUGGCUGAAUUACCUCUUGUUUGCACCAGGUUUAAGUAUCGUAAACGUGGAAUGUGUCGCAUAUUGAUGGGUGAGCUUGAAAAACAGCUGAUGGCACUCGGAGUGGAGAGGCUAACUUUGCCUGCAGCUCCUACUGUGCUCAAGACGUGGACAACUUCAUUUGGGUUUUCAAAGAUGACAGAUUCUGAGAGGCUACAGUUUCUAGAUUAUGCUUUCUUGGAUUUCCAAGAUACCAUCAUGUGUCAGAGACUCUUAAGGAAGAAUCCUGAAGCAGAAAUUGUGUACCAAAGGCCUGUGGAAAGUGUAGCCAGCCCUGGCAAAUUUAAUACCAAGUGUUUGGACGAAGAAGCGAAUUUUCAGAAGCCCAGCAGCGGCAGCGGUAGCGGCAGUUAUUAUUCCAAGUGCUACAAGAGGAAGAACAUAUCAUUCUGUGGGAGCCAAAGCAGUGACAAUUCCGAGUGCUGCAAGAGGCUGAAGAUAUCAGCCUGUGAGACUCGAGUCCCAUUCCAUGAUGCACCUUGGAGAAAUCAAUUUAAAACUGUUCUAGCUUAA